AUGCCGUCCUACGCCAUCAUAGGUGGUUCUCGCGGCAUCGGUUUGGAAUUCGUUCGUCAACUAGCGCUUAGCGGAGAGAACACCGUCUUCGUAACUGUACGCAACAAGCAGAAGUCCACAUACCUGCUUGAUACAGCGAGCAAACUACCGCACAAGAACGUGCACAUUCUAGAGGCAGACGUAGUGGAUAACCAAGCCAUCAAAAAUGCAGCGGCGGACGUAGCCAAGAUCAGCGGCGGAAGCCUAGACGUCCUCAUAUACAACGCGGCUCGCUUGGAGUUCGACAACAUCCUUCGCGGAUUGCUGGAUUAUGAAAGCGAGGAGAAGCUGGACGAGGAAUUCAUACAGUCUUCCAAAGUGAACGUCCUAGGACCUAUUCAUACGGUGAACGCCUUCCUGCCGCUCCUCCGCGAGGGGACCACCAAGAAGAUCGUACUCAUAGGCAGCGAGGGAGGCGAACGCGAUUUCGUGCGGCGUGUACACCUCUCCGAGACAGCCGUGUAUGGGAUCACGAAAGCUGCGGAAAACAUGGUAGCGACGAAGUACGCCGCGGAGCUCGAGAACGAGGGCUUCACUGUCGUGGCUGUGAGCCCCGGCUUCGUGGAUGUCUCUAGCACCUACAGCGAGCCGGCACCCGAGGGAAACAUACCCAAGUUCAACACGAUCGCGAAGAAAUUCUAUGGGGCGUUCCCCAAGACGAGACCGCUUGCGCCGCAGGAGGCCGUAGAGCGCCUUCUGGUCUACAUCGCAAACAUAGGCCCCGCGGAUUCUGGUUCUUUCAAGCCGUCUCUCGAGUUCGAUACGAGCACACAGUAG